CCGCGCCCUAUUUUCUCUUGCUCAUUUCUCAUCCCUUGCGCCAAUUAAAAAUUCUGAAUCUUGCCACGAAGCUUGCCCGUACUCGACUGCAAGGCCCACGUACAAACCUCUACUAGCCCGUUUUAUAUAAGACCCGUUUGGGCAUUCUAUUGCAAACAUGAUGCAUCAACGCCCGCCGACUUCGCCUCACGCAUUCGGUUUCCGUCCAACUGACUCUCCUUUGCGCAGCAGUCGUAAACGGAAGCCGUCCUGGGACGACGAUGCAGGCUCUCCGGUCAUGUCAGGACUGGGGUCUCCGUUCUCUCCUUUGACACCCUCGAAGAGGUUUCGGACCGGACCGUUGGACCAGACUCUUUUUCAAAGAUUGCAGGCCAUGCACAACUCGCACGAGCAACAGCAAGUGCAACCUAAAGAACCACAACAGCAGAACAUCCCCCUUCCAGUUGAACGUUUGCUGAGUAGCUUAACGAAAGACCAGCUGGUCGGAAUCAUUUCGUCUUUAAUUCAAAAACAUCCUGUUCUCCAAUCGGAAGUCUCCGAACUCGUCCCCCGCCCAACGCUCGCUUCUGUCGCUGCUCUGCUAAAUCAAGCUGAAAAGUCGCUUGUGGAGGCCUUUCCAUAUUCUAAGCUUGGCCCAGAACGGUCAGACUACGCCUUCAACCGUGUCCGGCCGCAACUCCAGGAAGUUUUACAGCUUAUAAUGCACUACCUCGAUCACUUUGUCCGAUCCGAUUCAUACCCAUCAUCAAUGCACCACGAUUAUCCUGCAACAGCAUUUGGAUACUUGCAUCUUGCCACUGCAUUGACGCACCGUCUUCCUGUUUGGCAAAAUGAUAUUCACAACGAAGAAACGAAAGGGCAACUCUACGCAAGACUGGGCAACGGAUGGAGAGCAGCGGUCACCGAAGUUGGAAAAUUUGUAAAGGAAGGAAAAGUAUACGGAGCAGCUGCGGUUGGGGAAUGGGCCAGAAACUUGCAUCAGCACUCUGCAGAGGUGAAAGGCGCAUACGGUUUCGGAGAAGCUUUUGAAGAGUUCAAGAGUCAUUUGGGUUGGCUGAUUGGUCUAUAUCCGGCUGGAGAGGAUUCUUCUGGUGCUCAAGGUCCUAUGACCUUGAGUGGGGCAUAUUUUGCUGCCUUUCCCAUGGCGGCGGUUGGCUAGCCAUGGUUGGGAGGAUUGAUUCGUAGACAUGUGUAGAUUGCGGUGCAAGGAUGUUCAUCAUGGAAUACGUAUUAUAUUCGUGUACACGUUUGUUGAUGCUGAGCUGCAGAGUUCAUCCAUUAUCAUAACGUUACCAUCUACUUAACCGU